UUUCAAAUAUGAAAGUAAAAAGCUGGCUUGAUUCAUUAUUACGCAAUAAACACGGAUACUGUAGAUAAAACGUUCUCUUUGUGAAAGCUGUUGUACUUGGAUUGGGUUGGGGAAGUUGAAGAAUUGAAGAGAAAAGCACAUCAAGACACAAGAAACAUGAAGACCGCGGCCUUUCUAUGUUUUUCUUUCACAUAUUUUAGGUACACAAUCUGUAACUGUCCUAGUAACAGUUUGGAAAUGAAAUCUGUGGAGGAUGUUUAUGAGUUUAUCUGGGAGAACAAUAUAGACAUCGCCUAUAAGACGAUCCGAGGGGACUUCCUGAUACAAAUGCAGAACGGCAGCUUGCAGGCAGAGAGAUAUAUCAGCUUCACCAUCCAAGAUCUUAACUAUGUACUGAAAGUGGCUGGUAUGUUGAAGAAAAUGAGCGCAAAUGUAACUCAGUUUAAUGACCUCGAGGACUUCUUUAAUGGUAGAUACUCAAGUUACAAACGUUUUGGCAAUUUGAUGCUCAAACAAUAUUUUUUCGAGGGUGAGCCUCCCAUUGAGCAAACUCCAGCUAUGAAGAAGUAUCUGGCGUUCUACAGAAACCUGAUGGACAAUGAAGAGCCGCUGUACUUUGCCGUGGGUCUUCUGCCCUGCGCUAGACUCUGGGUUUGGCUGGCUAAAAAUCUCAACACUCCUUCAACCAAUGCCUACUACACUUGGAAGGUGGAUAAUAUGGGCGGCCAUCCUGAGAAACACUACAGAGCUCUGCUGAAUAAGUAUCUCAACACAACUCAGAAAGUGGAGAAGGCUAAUGCUAUAUUCCGUGCACAGAUGCAGAACGAGCACGAUUUCUUCUUCUCGUCUUGACUGGUUGUUAAAUGCAAACACCGUCUGAGCAAUUCAAUAUUUCAUAAAAAUAAAAAAAGUUUGCAAUGAUAAUCCAAAUAUUGCUUGAUGUAUUUGAUGGCGUAUUUUA